CCAGGAAUCCUCAGAAUGUGAGGUUUCUCUCAAAGGCAUCUUGCAUCAGCCUGUGGAUGUAUGCCUACCACGGGGCUCCUUCCCCGGCAAAGUGGAAAAAGAAGUGAUUGGCAACAAAUUCUUCCUUUGGGGUUGGGGGAACACACUGGAUUAUAACGGUUUUCUUCUUUUCAAAACUGGUCGUCCCUGGAUGGAAAGACAUCUAUAAGUGGCCUGACAUUCGAUGUUCCAGAAAGUUCUGAGGCUUGUUGCUUGAGUUCUUUUAAAGAAGCUGGAGUAAUUGAAGAGGAGCAGGAGCCUUCUGUUUUGGAGGGUUCUGUCCCACAGAGAAUGUUCUGCACCCAUUGACGUGACUGGGCUCAGCUAAGCGUUCUUGCUCAGGGCCUACCUUCAAGUUGCAGUAAGUUGCUGUGAUGGAGCUUGCCUAGGGGACUCAUCUUUCCCAGUUGUGAGUUGGAUACUGUUAUCCCCUGCGACCUUGGUGAGAACACCUUCAUAUGACUUCUUCAUGUGGUUCCAGCUUUCUCACAGCAUGGUGGCUGGGCUUCCAGACUCCGGAUCCAACUCCAUCUUCUGAAAUGAUCCCGAUUCCCAGAAUGCCCCUGGUGCUGCUCCUGCUCUUGCCCAUCCUGGGUUCUGCAAAAGCUCAGGUUAAUCCAGCCAUAUGUCGCUAUCCUCUGGGCAUGUCAGGAGGCCACAUUCCAGAUGAGGACAUCACAGCUUCAAGUCAGUGGUCAGAAUCCACGGCUGCCAGAUAUGGGAGGCUGGACUCUGAAGAAGGAGAUGGAGCCUGGUGCCCUGACAAACCAGUGCGACCCAAUGACUUGAAAGAAUUUCUGCAGAUUGACUUACGUACCCUACACUUUAUCACUCUUGUGGGGACCCAGGGACGUCAUGCGGGGGGUCAUGGCAUUGAAUAUGCACCCAUGUACAAGAUCAACUACAGUCGAGAUGGCACUCGCUGGAUCUCCUGGCGUAACCGGCAUGGGAAGCAGGUGCUAGAUGGGAACAGCAACCCUUAUGAUGUCUUCCUGAAGGACUUGGAGCCACCUAUUGUAGCCAGAUUUGUUCGCCUCAUACCAGUCACUGACCACUCGAUGAAUGUGUGCAUGAGGGUUGAGCUUUAUGGUUGUGUCUGGCUAGAUGGCUUGGUGUCUUACAGUGCUCCAGCUGGGCAGCAGUUUGUACUCCCUGGAGGCUCCAUCAUUUAUCUGAAUGAUUCUGUCUAUGAUGGAGCUGUUGGGUACAGCAUGACGGAAGGGCUAGGACAGUUGACUGAUGGGGUAUCUGGCCUGGAUGAUUUUACCCAGACCCAUGAAUACCAUGUGUGGCCUGGCUAUGACUACGUUGGUUGGCGGAAUGAAAGUGCUACCAAUGGCUACAUUGAGAUCAUGUUUGAAUUUGACCGGAUCAGGAAUUUUACUACUAUGAAGGUCCACUGCAACAACAUGUUUGCUAAAGGUGUGAAGAUCUUUAAGGAGGUCCAGUGCUACUUCCGCUCUGAGGCCAGUGAAUGGGAACCUACUGCUGUCUCCUUUCCCCUCGUCCUAGAUGAUGUGAACCCCAGUGCUCGGUUUGUCACAGUGCCGCUGCACCACCGAAUGGCUAGUGCCAUCAAAUGCCAGUACCAUUUUGCUGACACAUGGAUGAUGUUCAGCGAGAUCACUUUCCAGUCAGAUGCUGCAAUGUAUAACAACUCUGGAGCCUUGCCCACCUCUCCUAUGGCACCCACAACCUAUGAUCCCAUGCUUAAAGUCGAUGAUAGCAACACUCGGAUCCUGAUUGGCUGCUUGGUUGCCAUCAUCUUCAUCCUGCUGGCCAUCAUCGUCAUCAUCCUGUGGAGGCAGUUCUGGCAGAAGAUGCUAGAAAAGGCUUCACGGAGGAUGCUGGAUGACGAAAUGACAGUCAGCCUUUCCCUGCCCAGCGAGUCCAGCAUGUUCAAUAACAACCGCUCCUCAUCACCAAGUGAACAGGAGUCCAACUCUACUUAUGAUCGAAUCUUUCCCCUUCGCCCUGAUUACCAGGAGCCGUCUAGACUGAUCCGAAAACUCCCAGAAUUUUCUCCAGGGGAGGAGGAAUCAGGCUGCAGUGGUGUUGUGAAGCCAGCCCAGCCCAAUGGACCUGAGGGUGUGCCCCACUAUGCAGAAGCUGACAUAGUGAACCUCCAGGGAGUGACGGGUGGCAACACCUAUUCAGUGCCUGCUGUCACCAUGGACCUGCUCUCGGGAAAAGAUGUGGCUGUGGAAGAGUUCCCCAGGAAACUGUUGACUUUCAAGGAGAAGCUGGGAGAAGGCCAGUUUGGGGAGGUUCAUCUCUGUGAAGUGGAGGGAAUGGAAAAAUUCAGAGACAAAGAUUUUGCCCUGGAUGUCAGUGCCAACCAGCCUGUCCUGGUGGCUGUGAAGAUGCUCCGAGCAGACGCCAACAAGAAUGCCAGGAAUGAUUUUCUUAAGGAGAUAAAGAUCAUGUCUCGGCUCAAGGACCCAAACAUCAUCCGUCUCUUAGCUGUGUGUAUCACCGAUGACCCACUCUGCAUGAUCACGGAAUACAUGGAAAAUGGAGAUCUCAAUCAGUUUCUUUCCCGCCACGAGCCUCUGAGUUCUUGUUCUAGCAAUGCCACGGUCAGUUAUGCCAACCUGAAGUUUAUGGCUACCCAGAUCGCCUCUGGUAUGAAGUAUCUCUCAUCCCUUAACUUUGUCCACCGAGAUCUGGCCACACGAAACUGCUUAGUGGGCAAGAGCUACACCAUCAAGAUAGCUGAUUUUGGAAUGAGCAGAAACCUGUACAGUGGUGACUACUACCGGAUCCAGGGCCGGGCAGUGCUCCCUAUCCGCUGGAUGUCAUGGGAGAGCAUCUUGCUGGGCAAAUUCACCACAGCAAGUGAUGUGUGGGCCUUCGGGGUGACUCUGUGGGAGACUUUCACCUUUUGCCAGGAGCAGCCAUAUUCCCAGUUGUCAGAUGAGCAGGUUAUUGAGAAUACUGGAGAGUUCUUCCGAGACCAAGGGAGACAGAUUUAUCUCCCUCAACCAGCUAUUUGCCCCGACUCUGUGUAUAAGCUGAUGCUCAGCUGUUGGAGAAGAGAGACCAAACACCGACCAUCAUUCCAAGAAAUACACCUUCUGCUUCUUCAACAAGGGGACGAGUGAUGCCUUCAAUGCCUGCCAAUGUUCCUGUGGCCUCUGGGUCCUCCCUACAAGACCUACUGCUCACCCACAUACAUCUAAGCCACUCCAUCUGGACAUUUAAUGGACCCGAGAGACAGAGAAGUGUUCACUUUGCCUCUUACUGUCUCUUGCCUCCUCCACUACACUUCCCUACUCCCUACCACUGACUCAUAUAUACUUUUUUUACAUGAAAUAACUAAAAAAGAAAAAAAUAGAGCAGAUAAAAUUUAGUAAAAUAAAUAUUACUUGAUAUACCAAAGUGUUAGGUAAUAAAGGCUAGAAGCUCAGAUAAUUUAUAAAGGUUAUGCUUAUAAGUGUGCAGAUCUUACAAUAUUUUCCAUGUCACUUUCUGUAAUAUACCUUUAGGAAGAAAACUUGAAGAAUAUGAAUGUCUUGGGAAGCACAAGAUUAUGUUCAAGGAAAACACUUGGUAGCCAUGAAGAAUUGCAGGACUUGGCAUGCCACAACUAAUGGAUGCUUUUCUGAUUUGGCUUCUGGAGAUGUCCCACUUACACUCUCAGAUCUCUCUCUCUCUCUCUCUCUCUCUCUCUCUCUCUCUCUCUCUCUCUCUCUCUCUCUCUCUCUCUCUCCUCUCUUCAAAGUGAGUGACAUGGACUUAAAACUUAAGAAGCUCUACCUUGUUUCUUUGAAUGAAUGUUUUCAUCAUUCAUGGCCAGAGAUCAGGGCAUACCUAUGAAACAGCAUGUGGGCAGGAAAAAGUGUCUGUUGUAAGGUUGGAAGGGCAAUAGUUAUAUACAGAAGAGAAAGACUGCACAGGGUUCUCUGUACACAGGGUCAUAGGAAAGGAGGUCCAAGGAGGAUUAAUAGCAAAUAUACUAUCUGUUGUUCACUUGUGAGGGCCUUUUCUUGCUUAAAUAUUUUCACUUGUGUGUUUUAAGUGACACCUUGACUAUUUAAUCAGUAAAAUUCCAAUGUUUUGAUAUUUUAGUGGUUGCUUCUUUGGCUCAUCUUGCCCAGCUAUAUUUCUUUCAGUGUGUGAUGCCUCUGUAGGACCUAUAGGCUAGGAUGGGAACUUCUCAGGCAUAAAUAUCCAAUGUCAUGUACAACGUUCAGUAGAUCAUUCUGUGUGUCCCCCAAAAGGUUGGCCUAGACUACUGAAAGGAAGGUAUAGGAAGACUGGUUUCCACUCUUUAUUUGGGAAAAUAUGGAGAGAAUCAGAACACACAGGCAUGGAAGGACUCCCCAGAAAUGGGGAGUCUCUCAUCCCUGAAACAUUCAGAUAUAGUUGAAGAACCAUGUGAGAGUUUCUUGACCACAGGAUGCAUAUGUCUGUAUGGGAUAAUGAAAGGAUGACCAUUCAGUGUUACUGUAUGUGCUUUUUGCCAUAGAGAUGGCGGCCAGCAGCAAAGCAGGAGGUUCUAGAUUCAGUGUUCACAGAAACUGAUACACAGUCCAUCAGGAGCUGCUUGUGAGCAGAUCCUAUGUUUUCAUGGGGAAAUUAGAAUACAGAAACCUCAAGUCCUGCAGAGGAGAACCAAGAAAAGACUAUUGAAUAAGCUUCCUGUGCUAAAGCUUCUGUUGUCUAGCCAGUCAGCUUGCUCGAUGGUCUCUCAGAAACCCGACUGUUUCUUGGUGCAGCUCUUUAGUAUGGCUCCAGGACACAGCAAUAGGUGUAGCUCUAAGUCUCAUUUGCAGACCCUAUUCAGUUUGUAUCAUUCACAGCUUUAGUCUUUCCCAAGACUAACUCUGUCUGGGUCAUUGACUGGAGAGGUAGGCGAGCAUGGUUUGGGAACUUCAGCCCUCUUUCAGCCUCAAGUCAAGUAUGCCAUCUUCCCAAGUCUUACUGUCUCUGAAUUUGUUUCCUUACCUGUCUAACUUGUAAAUUGAAUUAGAGAUUCUGAAGCUCUUGGAGUUCUGCUGUGUUUUGUGCUUGCUGGAGAACUAGAUUUGUGAUUGGUGUAGGUUCAGUUACCUGUCUUGCUCAGAAAAUUAUGGCCAGUAAAAGGGAUCUCGGGAAACAACAUUUUAGUGACACUGACACCUACAUGGCAUCUGCUCUAGACUGACCAGGCAUUUCCACACAUUAUCUCUCUUGAUAGGUCUAGGGACAGACAUGUUUCUUUCACAACUCUUAACUAUGCACUCUUUAGGAUUUUGCUCCCAAUUCACUCUAUUCCUCUACCUGCCAUUUAAAAAUCACUUUUUUUGUUUUUGUUUUUUCAAGACAGGGUUUCUCUGUAUUGCUUUGGAGGCUGUCCUGGAACUUACAGAGAUAUCCACCUGCCUCUGUUUCCCAAGUGCUGGGAUUAAAGGCGUGCACCACCAACGCCCGGCUAAAAUCACGUUUAAAAUGAAAUUUCUCUGAGUUUGCAUGAUGGAACUAAUCUGUUGCAGAUGGUUAUCAAAUAUGUAUCGCCAUGUACAGGCACCGUUUUUUCUCUCCCUCACUUCCUUCCUUCCUUCCUUCCUCCCUCCCUUUCUUUGUUCCUUCCUUCCUUCUCUCUCUCUCUCUCUCUCUCUCUCUCUCUCUCUCUCUCUCUCUCUCUCUCUCUUCCUACCUCCCUCCCUACCACCAUCCGUCCAUCUGUCUUUCCUUCUUUUUUUGUAUGCAGAAGGCUCCACCUUCUGGCACUGAGACCUUUGUAUUAUAGACAAAGCUUUAGUUUCUAUUACACUUGUAGAGUUGAGCUGUACCAACUUGAGUGACUCAGCACGGUAGAUGGUAAGGGCUUACCAUAUAGACUUAACAUGUAGCUCAGAUAUAAAUUAGAGGAAUGAUGAUAGGCUUUGACAAAGAAAGCAGAAGCCAAUGGGAAGCUGUGGGUUACUGUUAUUUUCCCAAGGUAUCUAUGAUCAUCAUAUAUGUGAACCAUUUAUGUCAAGAUGUCCUUUAGACUAUUGUAUCACAAAUUAUACCUUUAUUGACAAAUGUAUUGAUAGCCAGGUCCAUUUAUUUUUUUAGUGCUGUGGAUUAAACCCAGAAUUUACACAUGCUUUGGCAGGGUUCUGUCGUUGAUCAAUAGCCUCGGUAUCUAUGUUCAAAUCUUGCCCUAUUGGCCAGGCUAAUAUGUCACUAAUUCAUGCAUGUGAUGUGGAGUGGAAAGGAGUGCUCUGAGGAGGGACAUGAAUUGUUAAAGCUGUGGAGAAAACACCCAUGAGUGUUCAAGACUGUGUAACAAAAGAGGGUUGUGAGCAAGUGUGCCAAGUAGUGAUUUUAAAAAGUGGUUACGAGAGAGAGAGAGAGAGAGAGAGAGAGAGAGAGAGAGAGAGAGAGAGAGAGAGAGAGAGAGAGAGAGAGACUGAAUGGAAAGGAUAAGGAGAAAAUGAGAAAGAAGGAAUCAUGAAGAGAGGCAAGGAGAGAUUAUGGAUAGACACAAGCAAGGUAGGAUGAAAAUCGGGCAAGGUAGCAACAGGGCUGACUGGAGGCCAUGAAAUCAACUCUGAUACAUGAAAGUGAAUGCUUGAAAGGAGAUCUGAGAGAGGUUAGGAAAAGUGACUUGAAAAGAAUGGAGGGUGAGUAAAAGAAAAAAUGCUGGGUGAGAGAGACUGUGUUUAUUAAAAUGAAGUCAGGUGUGCUAUAGGAAAUGGAUGGGAUUUUUGCAGAAUUAAGGAAGGGGAUGGUCUUCAUGGAUAAAGAAACAUGUAGCCACAAGGGAUGCCCUUUUCAUCUCAGGGGAAGUGAGUAUAGGAGGCAGUUUGCUCUCCUGUAUGUUCUAGAACAUAUCUAGUGCUGGUGACAAGCUAAAGCUGUCUGUGCACUGGAUUUGGUGCUCCAUGUGCUGUUGGGGGUGAAGAGUUAGGACUUGGGGACCUUAUGGUAGUUACUGAAUCCACUUUCAAUAAUGAUCAUCAUUGCUGGACCCAGAAUGGCCCCAGCAAACAUGGAAACAAUGGGUGUAAGUUAGACAAGACUAAAUCUUGUCUGAUUCUUAAACAGAGGGGUGCAUCAUAUUGGAAACAUGUUUGUCUAGUCACACCCAGGCAUCCCACAAGAAAACCAGGAUGUGGGUCUAGACCAUGUGUUUCAAGUAAAGAAGAGAAAGAGGGGAGUGUCAGGAUGAAGGGAACGGGGAAGAUGUUCUGAGAACAUACACUAGUAGACAUCAGAGUGCCUGUUUUUAUCCCAGAGUACAAAAUGGGGAGAAUUAUAAUAUAUUGGUUAUGACCACUUUGAUCCUCAGUUGAAUUCAUGAGCCUAGAAUUUGCUGUCAUAGUCCUCUUUUCUUUGUUUUGAAGCCCAUGUCCUUGGGCGCUGUGUGGGGUAGGCCCCUAAUGUUUUGACAAGAUGCCAAUUCCUGUCUACUCUGGGAAAUCCUUUUGAACUCAAGUUUCAUAUUCUAGAAACAGAUGAAUGUCAUUGGCACUUGGUGGAUUAUUUGGAAUCCUGAGUUAAGAAGGACAGAAACUGGGUAGUUAAUAAGGAUUUGAUCUUAAGCAGUUUUGAGCUCUGCUCUGUAAUGACCCAAGUAGGCUGGCAGGGAAAAACUGGGGAGUGUCCAUUUAGUUAUCCCAUACUUUUCAGAAACUUGUUAUUUUCAAAUUAUCUGAGACUUGGAAUAAGUUACAAAAGAAUCAGUGCAGAGUGGCCUUACCCUGGAUCUAGUGUCCUCCUGCUGAUAACAUUUCAGUCUAUUUUCAUCCAUCAAAACUGUAGUCUACUUUGAGCCAUUUUCCAAACUGAACUCUAGGCUUGCCUUGGAUUUCACCAGUUUUCCUGCCUUGUCCUCAGUUUCUGACUGGAAAUCACUUCUGUUGCUUUGUAACCUGGCCUUGGUGGUAUAUGGCAGGAGGGACUCUGGAUAUUAUUCUACAAACGUUGAGGGAAAACAGCAAAUUGAUAAGCUCCUUUGCUAGUGAACGAUAUCCCACCUACUUGCUGAAUCCACUUUCAAUUAGUGCUCAUCAUUGCUGGACCCAGAAUGGCCAUAGCCUGACACCCCAAAUAAUCCAAGAACAACUUAAGAGGAGUAACAAUAUAAAAGGUUUUUAGGCAGAAGGAAAUUCUAAACAGAAUAAUGGAAUUUUUGUUGGUGACAAAAGGGUAAAAAAACAGUAUUUUGAUCAAGAAUUCAAGUGGUACUUGAUAGGAGCAGGGAUAGUUUGUGGAUAGAUUAUAACACAAAUGCAAACCCCUAAUGUGAGAUAAAACACUCUUUUCAGAGUAGCAGAGAUAUCUCAUUUGCUUAAAUGUUCAUCCACAAUUGUAAUAACAGCUGCUAAAGUAAAUGCAAACAUAACAGCUUCCUGGGAAAAAGUUGAAACUCUAGUUUCAUGGAUCAUGACUUUGGGUUUUCUGUCGGACAUUUUUAAGCUGCCAUGCUUCAGGGCUACAUGAUAAUAACUGUCUGUGGCUUAUGAAGCUCCUAGCACACAAGUGAAUAUUUUGUGAAUUUUAUGUUUUCAAUAAAUAAAGUAUGGAAAUUGUUAUGUACCACAAGUGUGAAUUUUGGGAGAAGUAUUUUGUUAGAACCUAGAGGACUUCUUUUCAAUUACAAAGAAAAAGGAAACAAAUGUCCUAAAGCAGUGGAUACCCUUGCAUCCUUGUGAUGGUGAAACUGAUUCAGACAGCCAUGCACGGUAGUUCUUACAGGAGAGCACAAUCUGGCCCCAAAUCUAGCUUUUCUGAAGCAAGUUGUUUAUUUAGUUUCUUCUGCACACCUUGCCAAUAACUUUACAGGUCUUAUAGGAGAACAGAUGUAAGUUCCAGGGCUGAUCUACAAUCACAACUGAAUAUCAAGAGAACAUUUGUCAAUGGAAAGCACAGACAGCUGUUAUUACUGCAAAUGUGUUUCCUUAAAAAGAGACUUGGAUAAUGGGGAAAGGUGGGAGCAUCCCUGCAAACACAAGGAGGUUUGUAAUCUAUACUAUUCAUCUGCAUCAUUCUUUGUUAUUCAAGGAUUCACCUUUUAGCCCGAUGUCUGGUAACUGUUCCUGAGGACUAACUUUCUGCAGCAAUAUGGUAGACUCUUCUAUGAUGAGGCAACAUCUGGGCUUUAUUCGACAGGCUGUGGUUGAUAAUAUGUCUUGUUGAGGGCUAAGCAGCAAGUGGAUUUAAUUUCUGCUUAGAGCUAUCACAGCCAUCCUAAAAUAGAAUACAUAAAAAUCAUCUGUAUUAGAAAAAGGGGCAGAACAUGAUGCCAAUUGUAUAUUUUCUUUUCUUUAUUUAUUCUCUGUAAGUCUGUUGGAUGAUAAAUUGUAAAUAACAGUGAUUAAAGAGUCAUGCUACUGA